UUCGAUAUUGUAGCAUAUGGCUUUAGCUCCGGACUCGACAUGCAAGAGGCGACUGGCCAUUCGUCCAUGUUCUGGGUUGCGCGAAAGUUCAAAUGUUCAGAUAGUAUGCGAGUUCGACAGGAAAAAUAAUGUACAGGGACUGAUCGUACGAGAGAAAUACGUGGGGGAGUAAGUCAGAAGUUCAGAUUCGUAGUGAUGAGAAACAGGGGGUAGGGAGAUCCAGCUGCUCAUCAUCUGCAGCAGAAGCGGGUCGCUGACUUGCUGACACCCGAGGCAUUUAUUAAUGCACAAGUGCGGCCAUACUUCUCUUCGAUCGGUCACACUAGCAACAUACUGCCAGUCCAAAUUUAUCGUAACUACACAUGCGACUUCCCACCAGCACCCCGAAGCUCUCCUGAUGUCGCCUCCUUAUAAUGCUUGACUUCGAUCGCAAUUCUCACAUCUUUCAGCUCAGUCUUCUUCACCUGGAGGACUCCUCUUCUCCGGAACGCUGUCUACUUACGCGGCGAAAUUUCAAGAGACCUUGUUCCUGAUCGACUAGCACCUAGAAGGCUUUCUGCAGCUCGUGAAAAUGGCAGAAAUGGGACGAGCUCUUGGAGCAACUGAGGAGAACUGGACCAAGGCAACUGCCAUGGGAACCGGAAUCCAGGUUAUUGGAAUUGCCUUGAAGAGAAAUGUGGAGACGAAGCAUAUUACUCAGGCUGCGCGGGAGGUAAUGGAACGCCACGCCAUUCUGAGGUCCAAGAUUGUGGAGAACUCGAAAGGCAAGCUUGUGUACGAACUUCCGACUGGCUCACCAACACCAUCGCUGGAGGUGUUCCCCUGGCCUUCGUCAGUCAGCAAGUGUUCCGCCGUCCUCACUCUGCCUGGAGACAGUGGUGAUCUGAGCCUGGCCCUCAACCACAUUGUCAAGCAAGAACUGAACACCUACUUCCCCAACGCUGCCUCCAAAUUUACUGGCCCCACUGUGGUCUUCCAACUUCAUGUCUACGCCGAACCAUCUCAACCCAAAACGAUCAUCGUCCUGAGAAUGGUCAGUGGUGCUAUUGACAGACCUGCAGCCUCCACAGUAUCGCAGAGCUUUCUCACUGCCUUGAACGCGCUCGUCGACGGGCAGCAGGCAGAGUUACCGGAGGCCCCUGGAAAGGAGGAAGCUCUUCCUGCACUCGAGGACCUGAUUCCCAAGGGCAAAUCUAAAGGCUUUUUCCAGAAAGUGGGUGACACGGUGGGGUACGUCGCAGCUGCAGGAAAAUUCGUCCUUUACCCAUUCCAUUCUGGGUUUUCGGAGGCUAAGAUUAGCGAUUUUCAAUCGGAUAUUCUAAGCUACACACUCGGGAAGGAUGGUACGGCUGCUUUGAUGGCAGCCUGUGAAAAGGAGAAGACGACGGUGUCCGCCGCUUUGAGCGCUGCCUUCUUAAAAGCCUCUGCUGGCGCGGACGAGCUCAAGGGCAAGAAGUCACACUUCAGCUUCACCACCGUGGUGGAUCUGCGACCCCACUUCGACCCUCAAAUUGCCCAAAAUGCUCUCGGGAACUACACCGGUGGCCUAUCACAAGAUGAACAAGUGAAGGCAGAUGCGGACUUCUGGGAACUUGCCCGAAGUGUUUCUGCAGGAACUCAGAUAGAAUUGGACAAGGGUAGACAAUUCUCCGAGCUCUCAGUGAUGAACAUGCUCUUCUCCCAGGUGUUGAAACGGCCUAGUUUGACACUGAAGUCCUCGCUUCGAACAGCUUUGUUAUCAAUUUUCGCUAAGACUUUCGAUGCCAGAUGGAAGGAUACUGAGAAGUUGCAGCUCGCGGGAACCUACGGUCCUUUCGCUUCUAUGCAUGGUGCUGGUCCUUGCUUCUGCAUAGGCGAGGCCCUCCUGGAGGGACCUGAAUUGAAUCUGUCUGUAGUCUUCCCGACCCCGGUGUAUGCUAGAGAUCAAAUGGAAGGAUUGGCAAAUGCCGCUCUGCAAAUCCUGAACGCAGCGACGAAUUAGAUUAGCUGGAUGUUCUCCUGAGCUGUUCAUGGGUUGGUGGCCUGAAAGCAGUAUCCAAUAGCGUUCAGGAGCCAGUGAUGCUUGUCAGAUUCUAGAGAUGGGUAUAUUUGGUGACAUAUUGAGACACAUUGUCCCUAAGUGAAUUGUAGAUAGAAUAAUGGUUAGUUCGUAAAGCUGAGCAACAAAUUCAAUGUCAUCGCCUCAUACUAGUCAGGAUGUUAGGUUCUCUUCACUAAAGAGUAUUUCAGAAUCAGUGCACCAGUCGACUCGCCCCUGAGUCGCGGUUCCCGAUCAAGGUUUGUCAUCUUCCAAGAUGUAACGCCCUGUAAUUUUGGGAUCCUGGAUACUAAUGAAGCUUGGAAUAGAGUUGAUCAUCCCCGCUGCUCGUUGUGUUGUCC